GAAAAUCGCUAUUAAUACCACCUACAACCGACCAACAAUUCAGUAAGCACAUUCCCAAAUCCCCAUCCCAGCAGAAACAGAAAGAAAGGUAAACAAAAAACAUGUCUUCUAAUCAGAGUUUCAAUGCAGGUGCAACUAAAGGCCAUGCACAGGCCAAGACACAGGAGUGGGUUGAGUCUGCUAAGGACACAGCUCAAUCGGCAAGGGACAAGACUGCAGAUGCAGCCCAAUCCACUUCUGACUCUGCCCAACAGAAAAAAGAGGAGGCAUCCGGUUUCCUUCAACAGACUGGAGAACAGGUAAUAAACAUGGCACAAGGUGCAAUGGACAGCGUCAAGAGUACACUUGGAGUUGGUGACUAUGUGUAUCCACACAAAAAAUAGAAACCAACACCGACAAUCCUUCAACCUUUCCGUAUAUUCCCACUUUCUUAUCUAUUCAUGACUAUGUGUCGGCGUUUUUUCUCUUUGUUCGUGGUCUUUUUAUUUCAUUAGAGAUUUGUCAUAUUCAACAAAUUUGCUGGUUAUAAUAAACGCAUUUUUUCCCUUGUUAUUUCUUA